GGUGGGCAGGGCCUGGGGUGGGGAUGUGUCAGGGAGAGACAGGGGAAGAGGAAGUGUCUUGGGUCCUGGGCUGCCUUGGCGGGUGUGGACGGUCAUUAUCAGCUUUCUGGACACAGAGACAGACAGAAUGGACUUCCUGCGGCUCUACCUCCCUGGGCUGCGUCAGGCCUGGAGAGGGGCACUGGAUUCCUUCAGUGCCUUUGUCUCCUACCUCAUGGGAGAUGAGGUCCCCACGGUAGAGAGGGAGGCACGGGCAGCCGCGGAGCUGGGGGAGGUUGUGGAGGAGGAAGCCCAAGAGGCGCUGGAGGGUCUUAGUGGCAGCCCAAGCGAGGCAGGUGGAGAGGCGGGAAGAUGCCAGGAGGAACACUCAGCGGCAGAACAGCCCCCGGGGUGGGGAGAAGGCAGCUCCCGUGGGUCCUGGGCAGAGAGGCAGGCCCCGGGGGCUGGGGAGGCAGCCCAGGCUGCCAGGGGCCAGGAGCUGAGUGCCUCUUUGGAGCAUGUGAUGUCUGGGGCUCACCGGGACAGCAGCAGCCAAGCCCAGGAGAGGCAGGAGCCCAGAGAACAGGAAGUGAGCAGGGGGGAGCCGCCGAGGAUCUGGGAACAGGAGGGGGAGGAGGAAGAGGUCCGGGCAGGAGUGCCAGGGAUGGCCAGAGGGGCGGAGCCAGAGUGGACCUGGCACAGAGAGCCCCAGGGGACUGCUGGUGCUGCUGGCCAGGAGGGGCAGCAGGUGGCAGGAGGCGACAUCGAGGAAACGGAGGAGCCUGGGGCCCAGGAGGCUGAGAGAGAAGAGGGAGUGGCAGUGGGGAGAAGUGGCCCGAGCACUGGGGCAGAGGCUGAGGACGGGGCAGCCUUGGGCAAGGAGCAGGGCGGGACAGCCUUGGCCAGGGAGGAGGAGGAGCAAGAGGAGGCGGAGGCCUGCACAGCCCCGAGCAGGGAGGAGGCUGAGCUCCUGGGAGUCAGGGAGACAGGCUAUGGGCCAGUCCUGAGGGAAAAGGCCCCAGAGGCCUCUGGGAGAAGCUGGGUCCAAGAGGAGACCCCCCGGGAGGGGGAGGAGGAGGAGGAAGAGGAGGAGGAAGAGGAGGAGGCAGAUGAGAAGACAGAGGCUGCGCUGAGCCUUUUCCACAAGCAGACCCAGGCCCUGGGAGCUGAGGGCCCCACAGCAGCUGGGGAGGCUGCCGCAGGCCAGGAGGAGGCAGAGCAGGGCUUUGGGGGCCAGGCCAGCCAGCUCCGCGCAGAGGCGGUAGAGAGGCAGGACCUGGAAUUCGGGGCUGAUGCGCCCAGGGUGCAGGAGGCAGUGUGGGCAGAGGAGACCCAGGAGGAGAGAGGGAGUCAGUGGGCCACAGAGACUGAGCUGCCGCCUGACAAAGAGGCGCACCCUGAUGCUGACUUGGAGGCCGCCCCAGAGACCAGGCCCGAGGAGGAGGAGUUGGCAGGGGAGAGGAAGAGCGAGGAGGUGCAGAGGAGCCAAGAAGCACUGGGGGAGGAGUGGGGCUCUGGGGGCCAGGACUGGAAGCUGACGGGAGGUGCCCAGACCCCAACAGAGCUGCUGGAGGAGGAACAGGGGGCUUGGAGCGGGCCAGGGAGAGGAGCAGCCCUGAGCGAAGCGAGGACAGAGGAAUGUUCCAGGCACGUGGGGUCUGCAAAGCCCGAGGUCCCGGAGGCAGACGCCUGGGAAAACCAGAGGAGGGACACCUGGGAGGAAAGAGGGGACACAGUGCCGGAGGUGGCCGCAAGAGGCCAGGCCCCGGAGGCCGAGGCCGAGGAGGAAGGAGGCGGGGAGAUCCCGGGCAACGCAGGUGGAGAGUGGGAGAGAGCAAAAGAAACUGGGUGUGGAGCUGGGGAGGGCGAGGCCUCUGAGGCCGAGAACCAAGAGGUGACCGGAAGCCACGGGACAGGGGAAGGGACAGGCUGGUUCCCGGGACAGUCAGAGGCCAGAGAGACCACAGACAGGCAGUGGGAGGCAGAUGGAACUCCUGGGGUGGGCUGCAGGCCACAGGAGGGGGCUCAGAGCCUGCAGGACAGCGGGGCCGCGCCACCCACUCCUUCAGCGGAAGAGAACAUGCAGGAUGCAGCCGUGCCCGGUGUGAGCACCGCUGAGGCCAGCGAGGGGACUGAAAGGGAGGCUGGGGCGGCUGGGCUGGGGGCAUUUGAGAGAGGCUGGGAUUCAGCUGGGAGGGAGGAGGCUGGCGGAGGCCAGGAGCUGGUGCAGGCUGCAGAGGGAGAGACCCAAGCAGGACAGGAGUUUAGCCCGCAGGGCCCAGCAGAGGAGGUGACAGGCAGAGAGGACCACACGGAGACCUGGGGGCCCAGGGAAGAGGAGCAGGCCGAGGUGGGGGCAUCGCCGGUGGCAGAAGGGAGUGACAGGAUGGGUCACCAUAGCUCGGGCUCCCAGGCAGCCAGGGCAGAGGAGCUCGGAGCCCUAGUGGAGACUCUCGGGGAAGAGUGGAAGCAUCUAGAAGAAGAGGCGGGGGGAAGGGGGGAAGAGUGGAAGCAUCUAGAAGAAGAGGCGGGGGGAAGGCAAGCAAGUGAGCAAAGUGAGGGGUGGUGCGGGGUGCAUCGCCCAGAGGGAGAGGCCUGGGGACUCCCUACCGAGGGCAUCCAGGUGACUGGAGACCAGCGGGUGGGGGCCGAAGACUCGGAUCCAGAAGGUGUGGUAGCCAUCCAGAGCAAGGCAGGGCCGCCACCAGCCCUGGCCCCUGCUGAGGCCCUGGGAGACGCUGGCGUUGAUGCCUGCAGCAGCUGGAGCGAGGACCUGCUCCCUGGCGCGCGCCUGGACGUCUCUGUCCCACGGAGCCGCGCACUCCUGUCCCGGAGCUCAUCCCAGCGUCGCUCCCGGCCCUCCUUCCGGCGGACUCCCGGCCCCAAGGAGCAGGAGGGACCUCACAGCCCGCAACCCGAGGAGGGGCCGUCGGCCCCUGCGGAGAGACUUCUCCAGGCACAGGAACCCCAGGAACCAAGCCCUCCAAGGCCUGAAGGGACCCCAGUGCCAGCCAGGAGGCCCCUGGGACAAGGGUUUGGCCUUGCACACCCUGGCAUGAUGCAGGAGCUGCAAGCCCGCCUGGGCCGGCCGAAGCCACAGUGAUGGGGAGCUGACACCCCGAGAGUCAGACCCUGAGGAGGGGACAGAAGACCCCCAGGCCCGCUCUCCUCCAGCGCCCCUUGUCACCUUAGACACACGUGUUCCCCUCCCCGAGCCUCAGUUUCUCAGUGUGUUCUUUGUGGCGCAGACAAAAGCAGACAUCUGCAAAGACCUUGAACUUCCUGAGUGUGGCUGUGGACCACCUACCCUGCUGGAACCACCACCCACGGGUCCCUGCCCUGCCGACCUCCCCAGCCUGCUCGGGGGCCCAGACAAAGGACAGGGGACAGAGAUGAUUCUCGUCUUUCUGCUCCCAAACUCUGCAUGCACUCUGCUGGCUGUGACACCUCUGUCACUUUUGGGGGUCAAAGCCAGGUUCAGGGGACCUGGGGAGCACCGCUAGGAAGCAAAGGUUGAUGGGUAACAGACCAGUGUCUGGAGCAUCCGGAACAGUCACUUGGUCUCAGAACUGGUUACUGUGGCAACCGCCAGCUGUGCAGGCCAGAGGUGGGGACGAUGGGUAAGGAACCCCAAAAAUGAAGGUGCAGAGGGAGAGGCCCAGGGAGAAUAGGGGCCACCAACUCCCUCCCAGGCCCUCCUGCCCCACAGGCGCCGGUCCCCCUUCUCUGAAAAGAAACAGAGACCAGAGUGAGGGUAAGAGGGCUUUAUUAGGACCCACCAUGGUGGCCCAGCCCAAGGACGAUACAAUAAAUAAACCAUCAUCUCCCCACUAAAUAAAUAAAUAUCCAAGAAAUAAAUACUGGCAAGGA